AUAAUUCACUCCAAUGAUUAUUUAUUACAUACUGCGAUCUCCGUUCCCAAUCUCAAGUUUGCACUCUCCAAGCUUAUUUUCACUCACUAUAUAUACACAUUGCGGAAUUUUUAUGCAUUUAUAUAUCGGCUUCUGAAUUUUGAGCUUGAAUUGAGGAUUGGGAUAAUAUGAGCACUUCAAUUGGGAAUAACUUGCUGCAUAAGAAUUUUCUUUCUCCGACGGUGUUGGACCAUCAGAGCAGAAUCAAUACUUCGACUUGCAUUGGGGGAAAUUCUUUUUUUCAACCUCAAGUAAAUUCACUAAUACGAAGAUCGCCUUUAUUAACUGAGUUUCAUGGUACGAGAUUGACUAUGCUGAAGAAGAAAUUACAGAUGGGAAAGCAGCAGUCUGUUUCUAGAUCUCCUCAGGCAGUUUUAGCCGCUGAUCCUUCCCCCGAGCUUGCGGAAAAGUUCACGCUUGAUGGAAAUGUUGAAUUACAGGUUGAUGUUAGGCCUUCUACUUCUAGUUCUGUAUCCGUUGUAGAAAUCUUAGUUACAAGUAGCAGUGACAGCCUACUUCUACACUGGGGAGCAAUAAAAAAUCGAAAAGAGAAAUGGAUACUUCCCAAUAGUCAUCCAGUUGGAACUAUGGUGUAUAAGAAAAGAGCUCUCAGGACUCCAUUUGUAAAAACUGGCUCAAAUGCAUCCUUGAGAAUAGAGAUUGAUGAUCCUUCAAUAGAAGCUCUAGAGUUUCUUAUUUUGGAUGAAGCUCAGAAUAAAUGGUUUAAGAAUGAUGGAGGUAAUUUUCAUGUUAAAAUUCCUGUGAGAGAGACAAAAAUCCUAAAUGUUUCAGUCCCUGAGGAUCUUGUACAAAUUCAAGCAUAUUUGAGGUGGGAGAGGAAGGGAAAACAAAUUUAUACCCCAGAGCAAGAGAAGGCAAGUAAUUAUUGCUAUAUCAUUUCAGAUUAUGCUAAAACAAGGAUUCUAGUUGCAGUGGAAGUUUCUCAAACUACAUAUCAGACCAUAGCUCGAAGUUCACUCGACAUAGCUGUCGCCGAUACUCUUGAGUGGAAGCUUGAGAGUAAGAUUGGGUACAGAACUAGUAGAAAAUUGAGUUUCCACAUGGACGAUAAAAGCUUGGAAGGUGGAAAAUGCAUUAGCUUUAGAAUGGAGAAAAUAGACCUAAGUGAAACGACUAUAAUCUCCAAUAAACGUCAUAAAAAGAAAGCACGUGGAAGCAUGAGUACCCUAUUGAGAGAAUUUGAAGAAGCCAGAAAAGAUUUACAAGUUGAAGUAGAGAAAGGUACGUCUGUUGAUGAAAUACGGAAAAAGAUUGCCAAAGGAGAGAUUCAGACUAAGGUUGCUAAGCAAUUGGAGAAAAAGCGGCCUUUCAGUGUUGAAAGAAUCCAGCGAAAGAAAAGAGAUAUAAUGCAGCUUCUAAAUAAGUUUGCUUCUAGGCCCAUUGAGGAAAGUAUAUCCACAGAGUCACGAGAGUUAUCCACGACUGAACGUUUUGCUAAAGCGAAGGAAGAUCAAAUUGAUGGUCCUAUUCUGAACAAAAAGAAAUAUAAACUUGCUGACAAGGAACUUCUGGUACUUGUGGCAAAAUCUUCUAACAAGACAAAAGUAUAUUUAGCUACUGAUCUUCCAGAGCCAGUUAUUCUUCACUGGGCUUUGUCCAAAAAACCUGGAGAAUGGGCGGCACCACCAUCCAGUGCAUUACCCCUGGGUUCAGUUUCUUUAGAUAAGGCUGCUGAAACCAAUUUUUCAACAAGUCCUUCUGAUAAUCCAACCGACAAGGUCCAAUCAUUAGAAAUAGUAGUUGAAGAAGACAAUUUUGUUGGGAUGACAUUUGUUCUUUUGUCUGGAGGGAACUGGGUAAAGGAUAGAGGGUCGGACUUUUACGUUGAGUUUGGCUGUCAAUCCAAGCUGGUUCAAAAGGUUGCUGAGGAUGGCAAAGGAACGGCAAAAGCUUUGUUGGAUAAGAUAGCAGAGAAGGAAAGUGAGGCACAGAAGUCCUUUAUGCAUCGAUUUAAUAUUGCAGCAGACCUGAUGGAAGAAGCCACAAAAUCUGGAGAACUGGGUCUUUCUGGAAUUCUUGUGUGGAUGAGAUUCAUGGCAACAAGACAAUUGAUAUGGAACAAAAACUACAAUGUAAAACCACGUGAGAUAAGCAAAGCUCAAGACAGGCUUACAGACUUGCUCCAGAAUGUUUACAGAAGUCAUCCACAAUGCCGUGAAAUUCUGAGAAUGAUUAUGUCAACUGUCGGUCGUGGAGGUGAAGGAGAUGUGGGUCAACGAAUAAGGGAUGAAAUAUUGGUCAUUCAGAGAAACAAUAACUGCAAGGGUGGAAUGAUGGAAGAAUGGCAUCAAAAGCUGCAUAAUAAUACUAGUCCUGAUGAUGUUGUAAUAUGUCAGGCAUUGAUUGACUAUAUUAAGAGUGACUUUGACAUUGGUGUUUAUUGGAAGACCUUAAAGGAUAAUGGAAUAACAAAAGAGCGCCUUCUUAGCUAUGAUCGUGGCAUCCACUCUGAACCAAAUUUUAGGAGAGAUCAAAAGGAUGGACUACUGCGUGAUCUGGGAAAUUACAUGAGAACAUUGAAGGCAGUUCAUUCAGGUGCAGAUCUUGAAUCAGCUAUUGCAAAUUGCAUGGGCUACAAAGCUGAGGGACAAGGCUUCAUGGUUGGCGUGCAGAUAAAUCCAGUAUCAGGACUUCCAUCAGGAUUUCCGGAACUACUUCAGUUUGUCUCAGAACAUGUUGAAGAUAAAAAUGUCGAAGCCCUUCUGGAGGGAUUGCUAGAGGCUCGUCAAGAGCUUAGACCUCUGCUUCCUCAACCAAACAACCGUCUUAAGGAUCUUCUGUUCUUGGACAUUGCCCUCGAUUCUACAGUUAGAACAGCUGUAGAAAGGGGAUACGAAGAAUUGAAUAAUGCAAGUCCAGAGAAAAUUAUGUAUUUCAUAUCUCUUGUUCUCGAAAAUCUCGUACUUUCAAUGGACAAUAAUGAAGACCUCAUCUAUUGCUUAAAGGGGUGGAAUCUAGCCCUAACGAUGUCAAGGAACAAAGAUAAUGACUGGGCAUUGUUUGCAAAAUCAGUACUUGAUAGAACACGACUUGCACUAGCAAGCAAGGCAGAGUCGUACCAUCAGCUGAUGCAGCCAUCUGCAGAAUAUCUUGGUUCCAGGCUUGGGGUGGAUGAAUGGGCAGUAAAUAUAUUUACUGAAGAAAUCAUUCGUGCUGGAUCAGCUGCUUCAUUAUCCUCCCUUCUUAAUCGACUUGAUCCUGUUCUUCGACAAACUGCUCAUUUGGGAAGUUGGCAGGUUAUCAGCCCAGUUGAAGCUAUAGGAUAUGUAGUAGUGGUGGAUGAGUUGCUUUCCGUUCAGAAUAAAUCUUAUUCAAAACCAACAAUUUUGGUGGCAAAAUCUGUCAAAGGGGAGGAAGAAAUUCCUGAUGGUGUUGUCGCUGUGCUGACACCGGACAUGCCUGAUGUUUUGUCUCAUGUUUCUGUUCGCGCACGAAAUAGCAAGGUUUGCUUUGCUACAUGCUUUGAUCCCAACAUAUUGGCUGGGAUCCAAGCAAACGAUGGGAAGUUAUUGCAGUUGAAACCUACACCUGCAGAUGUAGUUUUUAGCGAGGUGAAAGAGGAUGAGCUAACAAGUUCAACUAACUUGAGUGAGGUAGCGUCGUUCCCAUCUGUAACCUUGAUUAGAAAGCAGUUUGCUGGUAGAUAUGCAAUAUCGUCAGAGGAAUUCACUAGGGAACUGGUUGGAGCCAAAUCGCGCAAUAUCGCGUAUCUCAAAGGAAAAGUACCAUCUUGGGUUAAGAUUCCCACCUCAAUUGCCCUGCCAUUUGGUGUCUUCGAAAAAGUCCUUUCCGAUAAUGUCAAUCAGGGAGUGGCAACGAAGUUGCAAGUUCUGAAGAAAAAAUUGCAUGAGGGAAAUUUUAGUACUCUUGGUGAAAUUCGAAAGACAGUUAUAGAACUUUCAGCUCCGCCCAAGUUGGUGAAAGAGCUCAAAGAAAAGAUGCAAAAUUCUGGCAUGCCAUGGCCCGGUGAUGAAGGUCCACAGAGAUGGGAACAAGCAUGGACGGCCAUAAAGAAGGUUUGGGCUUCUAAGUGGAAUGAAAGAGCAUAUUUCAGCACAAGAAAAGUGAAACUCAAUCAUGACUUCCUUUGCAUGGCCGUCCUUAUUCAAGAAAUAAUAAAUGCUGAUUAUGCAUUUGUUAUCCACACUACUAAUCCAUCUUCUGGGGACGACUCAGAAAUAUAUGCGGAGGUGGUCAAGGGCCUGGGAGAAACACUGGUGGGAGCUUAUCCAGGUCGGGCUUUGAGUUUCAUUUCCAAGAAAAAUAACCUCGACUCUCCCCAGGUUUUGGGUUACCCCAGCAAACCCAUUGGUCUUUUCAUAAGACGAUCGAUAAUUUUCCGAUCAGAUUCCAAUGGUGAAGAUCUAGAAGGUUAUGCUGGUGCAGGACUCUACGAUAGUGUGCCUAUUGAUGAAGAGGAGAAAGUUGUGCUCGAUUACUCAUCUGAUCCACUGAUCGUUGACUCUAACUUCCGUCAAAAAAUCCUAUCUAACAUUGCACGUGCGGGAAAUGCUAUUGAGCAGCUAUAUGGAUCUGCCCAAGAUAUUGAAGGUGUCGUGAGGGACGGACAAAUCUAUGUUGUCCAAACACGACCUCAGAUGUGAUCGUAUUUUUAUUCGCUUAGUAUCUAUAAUAAGCGGGUUAAAUUUCGUGGAGGAUGCAAAAAUCUCCAAUAUAUCCAAGUGUCCGACAGUUUAGUCCUUGUCAUUGGCACUUACUGUUUAGGAUUUAGCACAUACCAGAAAUGUAAAGGUGAAUGUUGUGGACCAAUUUCUUUACAAGAGACCUACAAGUUAUAAGGCAUGGGUAUAUUAUGAAUAAUGUUGUACUAAAUGAUGGGUGUGCUGAAUAAUCAUGUUCAACAUACUAUUACAAAUAUAAAAAGUUCAUAUAUGAUUUGGCUA